CGCAUCGCAUCCGACGCACUUCAGCCGAGCCACUUGCGUGGAAUUUGGGGAGAGGGCUGAUUACAGCCGGAAUGGAAUGGAAUGAAGCUCAUAAGGUGCGUCCACACGUUCCGCUCACUUGGCCAAGUCGUGACGGGAGUUAGUUCUAUUUUGAUGGCCGACAAGGUCCGAACGUGAAAUUUCAGAUUAAACCACAUAAUAAACUCUUAAACUUAGCUGGAACAACAAACUAUUUGCUGAAUCUUGGUGGUUGUCCAGCAGCAGCUGAUCCAGGAAAUGCUGUAGCGGAUAUUCCUGGAAACCGAGGAGCUUGAAACCCAAAAGAGGCUACUACUGAUAACACGGAACCUUGGCAGCCUUCGUGACCCAUUACGGAAAGUUCUCCGCCUGAAAUUACAUUGAAACCGGGCGGAGUCUCACAAAUCCGGAAAAUCAAAUCGAAGUAGAGCGUUCAGAUUAAGUUAGCAUAGCGUGGCACCUUCGCACUUUUCGGCGAUAGGCCCCUUCCCGAUAAGCUUUAUCAUCUCCACGGAGCUAUAAUUCGAUAAUCGUCGUCCACCGAGCAGAAGUCAAUAUUCAAAGUAGAUCAUGGCUGUCCAGAGUAAACUGGCGGAAAUCGCCUUCAAUUGCAGCUGUCAUGAGUACAAUCACCCGUGGACCUCGAGCUGUGCCUGCGCCGCGGCGGGCAUGAUGCUCUCCGAGAUUCCCCCCAGUCUGCGCACCUACGCCACUGUUUACCUGUUGGCGCUGGUCAUGAGGGGUCGCAUACCCUCGCUCAAGGACCUUGGACGCACCGCCGCCGGUAUCCUGCAGUCGACAGCUUUCCUUUCGUUGAACGGAGGCCUCUUCGUCUUUUGCGUGUGUUUCCUGAGACAGCUACUCGGCGGAUUCUACUUCGGAACGGUGGCUUGGCUACCCUCCUUUAUUUCCAGUUUCAUUUCCUUGGCCGCCGAGCGACCAGAACGACGUGCCCCACUGGCCAUGUAUGUGGCCAACGUGGGCAUCGAGACGCUGUGGAAGAUGAUGGAGUCCCGGGGACUGGUUCGGUCCAUUCCCAAUGGCCAGGUGCUCAUCAUGGGUCUGAGUGUCACAGCCCUGAUGUACAUGUACCGUGCUGGCCUGCACAAGACAGUGGCCAAGGAUGCCACUUUCAAAGGAUUGGGUGUGAUAGUGGGCAAAGAGGAGGAGGGUCCAUUAAAGACGCCAAUGGUGACCACCUCACAGAGCUCUCGCCAGCGACCUCUGAACUUCCGCAGCAUCACCGCGUACCUGCAGCUCUACGAUCGCUUUCUGACCACCAAGCAUCCCAGUUGUCCGCACAAAAGAGGCUGUGCGCCGUAUGCCCUCCUCGGUGGACUGAAGCCUUUCCUGGGCGGCAUGGGUCUCCAGGUGGGCCUCAAGCUGCUGCUGAACAUUACCAAGAUAUUCCAGCUUAAAAUGCAGUGGCGCAAGCAGAUCUUCAACAAGGGAUCCCUGCAGUUGGGCCUGGCUCUAGGCAUCUUCUCGCUGCUCUUUAAGACAACUUCCUGUGGCCUGCGUCAUAGCUGUGGAUACGACAGUGCCCUCUUUGCCAUUCCGGCUGGCCUCCUGGGUUCGAUUGGCCUCCUAAAUUUCCCCAACACCACGGUGGCUCUUUACCUGAUGUGGAAGUCCCUGCAGCUCCUGUACAACUGGGGCGUGGCCGAGGGCAAGGUGCCCGAGGUGCCGCACUUCUCCAUGCUGAUGUACGGAUUCUUCACGGCCGUGCUCUUCCACUCGGCCAUCCUGGAGGCACGCUCACUGCGGCCCAGCUACUACAAGUUCCUGCAGAACAUCUCCGGCAACCGGAUCAGCCGCUUCAACGUGAAGUCCUUCGAGGAGUAUGGGCUGAAGAGCCAGGACCAGAUCAACUACGUGAUCAAGAAGCUGGGCAUCGAUAUGACCUCACCCUAUCCCAUUUGCGCCCUGACCGUCUAGAGUGUUUCCCUCCGCUUUCUGUAAA